UAUAAUAAGUACAGUGAAUAAUAUAAGUACAAUAAAGUGAAAUAAGUUUUCCUCAUAAUUAUAUAACAAACUAAUUACUUAUUACAACACUUAUUGAAAAUGUUUGCCAAUCGUAUAGCACUGAUCACUGGCGGUGGUUCAGGUAUUGGUCGGGCUGUGGCCAACAUUUUGGCCAAAGAAAGUGCUUCAAUAGUGAUCGCAGAUCAGAGUAUCAAUGGUGCGAAUGAAACCAAACAAUUGAUUGAAAGUCAAGUGAAGAGCGGUGUUAAGCAUUUGUCACUUGAAGUCGAUGUCUCGCAAAUGGAUUCACUUAAGCGAGUCUUUAAAGCAAUUAAUGAAAACUAUGACAACCGAGUGGCCACUCUUUUGGUUAAUUGUGCGGGUAUUACAAGAGAUCAAAUGAUGACAAAACUAAGUGAACAAGACUUCGACAAAGUCAUUGCCGUCAAUCUUAAGGGCACUUUUAUGGCCACUCAAUUAUUUUGCCAACAAAUGAUUGAAAAUAAACAAACGGACGGAUCAGUUGUGAAUGUGUCGAGUGUUAGCGCAAAGUUGGGUAAUAUCGGACAAAGCAAUUACAACGCUUCUAAAGCUGGUGUCGAAGCCCUGACCCGUACGGCCGCUCAAGAAAUGGCAAAAUUCAAUAUUCGGGUCAACGUUGUUAUGCCUGGAUUUAUCAAUACUCCUAUUGUCCAAACUAUCCCUCAAAAAGUUUUGGAUCAACUCAUAUCUAAUAUACCUUUGAGAAGACAAGGCAAACCUGAAGAAGUAGGCGAAGCCAUUGCUUUUCUUUUGUCACCAAAGAGUUCAUAUAUAACGGGAACUAUACUUCAAGUUUCUGGUGGUCUCGCACUUUGAAUAACAUUAUA